UCAAGAUGUUAAAUGCAUUAUCGAAAUUAAUUUUCUAUAAUCCAAAGAAAAAAAGAGAGUUCUAACAUCUGUUGAAUUUUUCAAAUUUUAAUAUAAUAAUUGCGAUUGAGGCUAUGAAGUAUAUCUCGCUUCGUAGUAUAAUCGCACACACAAUUGUGAUUCAGGAGGAAGGUUAGGGUUCAUAAAUAAGCUAAAACGCUCCUAAGGAAGACUACAUUCGAGAAGCACCGACGCGCGUUGAGUACGCGCCUAGGCAUUUUUCCAUACGCCUUUUCUUUACCCCUCCCCCACCGCCCCGCUGGUAUCACAAAUGACGCCUACUUAGGAGCCAGUGGAUAGAUAGGUUGGAGCAACAGGCUGACACACGGCGGCUUGGCUCGGCGCUUUGGGGCGAGAUCCGACACCGCGCAUCAUCAAGAGCUUUUUCCCGAUUGGUGAUUCGCUGCUGGGAGCGUAGUUGCCAGAACUGUGCAUCAUUAAGGCGUCGCAGGUUGCCAGAUCUUCGUCUUGCUCAGUGGAGUCAACGUAACGCGACGGCGCGACGGUGUCCCGCGGAGUCGAAGCAACAGUCUUCAUCAGUCAUCAAUCAAGAAGACUGGACGGCGUGAUUGAGGAGUCGGUGCCACGACUCGAGAAGAGGAUAGUGAUUCUCUCUCUCUCUCUCUCUUUUCUUCCUGUCGUCGCACCGCAGCACUACAUCGCCGUGCCGCAUCUCGAUGCGAGGGCGACUUCCUCGCCUCAAAGUGCUUUAAUGUCUGACUCUCGCCAUCCGCCGUUCGUCACGCGGAGCCAGGAACAAUCGCGAUCGUGAUUGUAUCCGCGCGAUGCCGCGAGACCCAUCGUAUCAUUUUGUCAACUUAUCGUGUUGUCAUCGUCUUCGUCGCUGAUGUCGUCAUCGUCAUUGUUAUCAUAGUGACGUAUUGGAGGAAACGGAGGCGACGUGAGUGAUUUCCUUCUAUCUUUCUCUCGAAUGUACGCCCCACGGCGUUUCGGGGAGGCUUCCCGGACGUCCUUGUCUUGACGAACAUAUCACCGACGCGCGUUAUCAUCCAAGUGCUAGCGAGCGUCGCUGGUGAAUGCAAGACGGAAUCUUUGGAGCACUGGAGAGAACACUCUUCCCCUCCUCUCCAUCUCUCUCUCUCUCUUUCUCUUUUUUCUCAGGUCGUGUUUCCUGUGCUCUCGCGCUCGUCACGAGUCUACGCAGGUAGGGCGAGCCGAUACGUCGAAGAGGUGGGAGAGACGACGAGGAGAGCAAGUCCCGCAGUCUCAAUCGGUGUAGGCCACCCGUAACACACACGGAGAUCGGGAAGCGCGAUUGAGCGGCGAGAGAAGAGGUAGCCAGCGGGGAGGAGGGCGGCGAGGGAUUAUCCCCAUUGGAAUCGUGGGGAACGCUGCUGGUAUCCAGCAGCGGUAACGGCGACGACGGCGCUUAUCCCGAUUGUUUUAUUCCGCCGCGGCGAGGCGUACAGGUGGAAGUGAGAACGAGCCAUCGGCGUCGUCCCGUGGGAAUGAGACGAUCGUAGGAGAGAAAGGGAAGGUGAGAAAACGAAAGAACGAGAGAGAGAGAGGUCGGCUACGUCGCUACGUACACGGAUACACAAUAUAGGUACGCGCCGUGAAAGAGGCAACCGCGGUCGGGAGUAGCGAAGUCGGAACGUUGGAAGCGGAGAACGGAUAGACGCAAAAAAGAGCGACGAGAACGCGCCGAUACGAGGACGAGGGAGGAGAGACAAGGACGCAGGUCACUAUAAAGCAGAGAGGAAGAGAACGCGCGCGUGCGAACGUGUGAUUUGAUCCAAAAUGGCGCUCAACCAAGACGUGGACCAGUUGUCCAAGAGUAAUCUCGUCGUCAGGGUCGACCAGAAUUCCGAGUCCGAUCUACAGGCGCUAUUCGACACCGUCCUCAAACCCGACUCCAAACGGCCGCUACAGGUGCCGCUGCGCAUGCGCAAUCUGCCGGAUUCCUUCUUCAAUCCUCCGUCCACCGGCAGCAAGAGUCCCUCGAUCUCGCACUCGCGCGAGAACUCCGCGGAUUCCGCGUUCGGUACCGCCGUGACCGCGACACCGAGCGCCGGCGGCGCGCCUAACGUAAGUGCCAACGGAAGCGGAAGCGCCGGCGGUACCGCUACAAGUGCCGGCGGCGGUACCGCCACAAGUGCAGGCGGCGGAGGUGCAAAUAGCGCCGCAGGUGCGGUCGCAGCCGCCGCCGCUGUGGCCGCGGCCGCCGCAGCCGCCGGUCUCACCGUCGCUCAUCCCCGCGCUCACAGCAGCCCGGCCUCCCUGCAACAGACAUACGCCUCGGCGCAACAAGCGUCUCAACACGCGCCGCAGCCGCACGCGCGUCACCAUCAUCAUCAGAAGCAGCGUAGCUACGACGUCAUCAGCACGGUCGACGACCUGGGCCCGCUGCCGCACGGAUGGGAGCAAGCACGCACCUCCGAGGGCCAGAUCUACUUCCUCAAUCACUUGACGCGCAGUACGACAUGGGAGGAUCCACGAAAAACAGCCGCAGCCGCGAAUGUGGCAGCAGUAGCCGCCGCAGUCGAGACCAGCAAAUCCAACCCCAACUCGCUUGGUCCAUUGCCCGAUGGAUGGGAACAAGCCCGCACAGCCGAGGGCGAAAUUUACUUCAUCAAUCAUCAGACCCGCACCACCUCGUGGUUCGAUCCGCGAAUUCCGACACAUCUUCAGAGAACUCCGACAUCUGGCGCGAUGCUGCCGCAAAACUGGCUACAGCCCGCCGGUGUCAUUCAAAGCAACCAGAGUCUGCAGGUCUGCCAGCAGAAACUUCGCCUUCAAUCGUUACAGAUGGAACGUGAACGUCUCAAGCAACGGCAACAGGAGAUCAUGCGCAGUCAGCAAGAGUUGAUGCUGCGGCAGAGUACCACGGAUGCUGCCAUGGAUCCGUUUUUGUCGGGAAUUAACGAGCAGCAUGCACGUCAAGAGAGUGCCGACAGCGGCCUAGGACUUGGCUCCGCUUAUUCCCUUCCUCACACUCCGGAAGAUUUUCUCGUCAACAUCGACGACAAUAUGGACGGCACAAGCGAAAGGCACUGUGCGUUGAUUGAUCUUACGAAACGAUUAUACCGAAGCCAUAAAUACCUAAACGGGGGUGCGCCAAUGGAUACGCCGGAUCUGUCAACUUUGAGCGACAAUAUCGAUUCGACCGACGAUCUUUUGCCGUCUCUUCACCUGAGCGAGGAAUUCAGCAGUGAUAUUUUGGACGAUGUACAAUCACUUAUAAAUCCUAACACGACCAAAGCAGACAACGUGCUGACGUGGCUGUAGAAUUGAGAUCGCACGUGCAGCGGAUUUACACGAAUUCACACAUAAAUAGCCCCAUAAUAAGCACCGUGCAAUAUCGAUGCCUUCAAUCAAUAAUACGAGAGAUUCUCCAGGGAAUCUUUACAGUAAUACAAAGAUUGUUAUGAUUUAUUCUAUAGGAAAAAAAUAAUAAAUUUAAAAUAAUUUUUUUUAUAUAAGAAAUCCAAGAGUUCAUAUCCGCAAUAAUUUUCAAAUUAUACAGUGACCUUUAAUUGAUGCUCAACAAUCUAGACACGUAUACAUACUGAUAUAUGCACAUAUAUAGUAUGGACAUCCAUAUACUAUAUAAUGUAUGAUCAUAUAUGUAUAUGUGAACGUAUAUACAUGUAAGGAUUCCCAUUCUUUUCCGGUUUCUCUCUCUCUUUCUCGCUCGGGUGUAAGGUGCGAUAGUGUGUCUGUAUGUGCGUGCGAAAGUUUUAAGCGUUUUGUAUAUAAGUUUAUAUUUCUUUAUAUAUGCACUGCCUGAGAAAAAGAAGAAAAUAAAAAGAGAGAGAGAGAGAGAAAAAGAAAAAGAGAAAAAUGGCGAUUGGAUUUGUGACAAUUUAUAAUAUGAAUUAUAAAUAGAAGAGCUUUCAGGACCGAUUAUAUAUAACAGAUCAUAAAUUAUGAAAAUUGCAAUCUUUAAUUAUAAUCUACAUAUUGCAGAAAAAAAAUGUUAUUUAUCAUGAAAAUAUGAAAAAUAACUUGUUAGAAUAUAGAUAUUGAGAUAUAUUGAAAUCUCAAGAUAUUUUAAUGACUUUCAGGAAAUUUACUUGGUAUUUUUAAUCGCUUAGAAUUGGUCAGAAGCUUUUCUAUUGGCUUUUGUAUCUAAACUAUUUUAAAAUUUUGCAAAGCAAAUGCAACAUAAAAAGAUACAACUACUAAUUUUCUGUAAUGCAUGUAUGUGUGUUACAGAUACCAUCUUAUGCAACAAAAAUUUUUAUUUUGUAUUUACAUAUUCGUUGAAUUUAACGAUUUCUCAUGAUGUAUAUCUACAAAUGAUUGUAUUUAUAACAUCAUCCUUUUUGAAUAUUGUUAUAUCGAAAUUUUAUGAACAAACUAAUAAUAUUGCGAUCGUAUUGGCGAGAAAGAUAGGCAAUCAUAAAAAUUGAUACGUAUGUUUUAGAUUUUUAUACUAAAAUUCACUUAAUUUCACUUAAGAACUUGCGUUUUUUUAAAUUUUUUGUUUGGUCGCGUUAAACAUUAUUAUCAAAUGAUAGAUAAUUAUUGUAACACGUUACUUUUUAUUUUUUUACAGAAAACUUAAUAUUUUGUUUUUCUUUCUUCGCAUAUGUGACAAUUAGCAGGUUUUCUUUAUUGCAGUUAUCACGAGUAUUGCAAUUAUUAUUUUUAUUAUAUAUACAUAAUCGUUCUUUGAUUUAUAAUUCAUAUUAUACAAAGAUAUGAUUAAUAAUCUGAGAACGUAAAUCAUAAUCAUGUUUGACGAAGUUGUUCAUAUUACUAUCUCGAAGCUCAUCAUUUAUUUCGAAUCAAUAUUACAGAGCAAUAGUAAUGUUUACUGGACAAAGAUCGAGAACUUUUUAAUGACAUAUAGACGUUUAUCAAUAUUUCGAAUUAUAUGACAUAUAUAAUUAUGUUGUAUAAUGUUCAAUGUGGAGAUCGAAGACGAAUUUCCGUGAGUCGUCAAUUUCGAGAUACAUUACGGAUCAUUACGGAUGAAAUGUUUUGUGAUCCCAUGGUAUAUUUUUUACAAGCGAUCAUGUGUUUGUAAGAGUGCCUUAUCUUUAUAAUUAACAUGACACGACCUGCCGGUCGUCAUUUUUCGACAAUAACCGUCCAUUACAAUCGAAACAUUAUGUGAACAUAAUUUUAUUAAUAGGCAACACAUUUUUAGAGUCUUGGAGCUGAAUGAGUUUCCGCCGAGAAUAAAUGCAAAAUGGGAGAGAGAUAGAAUAUAUAUUUUUUUUAUAUGUAAAGUCUAUAUAUAUACUUGUUACGGAUUGCAGUUAUAUUGGUAUUUUUCGAGAAAUCCUGUUAGAUUGUAAACAUAUUACAUUUUAUACAUUAUUAUAUACAGUUACAUGAUAAAGAUUGCGAGAUCGAGAAGAGAGAAUAUAUAUACAGAUAUUUACAGAUUUACAUAAAUAUCUUUUAUCUACAUAAGAAUGCUUUCGCGUCCUGUCCCUGUAACUAAAGGGUACUGGAAUGACGAGAGAAAAAAGGCCGCUAAUAUUAGAUUUUUUUUAUAUUUCUCAUGAAUUAACUCGGCCUAGUUAUCAUUGGAAAUCAAAAUGAUUUCAGUGAAGAAAAUAAUGCAUCUAUACAUGCAGUUUAUCACAUGUGGCAGCUUAGAAAAUACAGAAAAAUGCAGAAAUUUAGACGAUUGUUUUCGUUACUUUCUGGCAACUAUGUACACAGAUCAUCGCACGAGUAGCCAUCAAUCGCUCGAUCAAAAUUAAUAUAAUCGUGGACAAUAAAUACAUAUAACGUGCAAAAAAAAUUAAUGCAAAUGAUAUAGAAAUUAAUAUUUUAAUAAUUAUUUCAUAAAAUUUGUAUUAAUAUUUAUAUUGCAAUCUGUUUGUAAGAAGAAUUAAUAUUUAUAUGUGGUUUUGUCGCGAAAUGAAAACAGUUGCGUAAAUUUCUGAAUUCUUUGUAUGUUAAGGAUAUCGACAAUCUUAUCGUAUAAACUUUUUGUAUUAAUGCUCUCCCGCCUUCUCCUGUAAUUGGGAAAAGUCUCGGAGAAAAAAGGAAACUUUUGUUUCGUUAUUCGCACGCGUUGUCCUUUCGUUUUAACUUUGCCGUGCGAAUGCCGAAUAUUUUUGACUCGUUUACUUUUUCUUCUCUUUUAAAAUAGUAAAAGAAAGUGAUCAUAUUAUAUAUAUAUAUAUAUAUAUAUAUAUAUAUAUAUAUAUAUAUAUAUAUAUAUAAACGUUGAUUUAAUAUUUGUGUCACUAUCCGUAUUUUUAGGCUGAAACUCUGGAAGACAGGACGACGUCACAUGCCGAACACGGUAGAAAUUUUGGACGUGAAAUUUUUUUAUUUUAUGCAAAUUCAGAUAUCGAUCAGAAUUGUCAAUUGAUAGUAUUUGAAGUUAGAAUCGAAACAUUUUUAAUGCAUUUUAUGCCGUAUUAGCGAUACGCGUUUUGAGUUUUAUCCAACUUUGAGUUUUCCUUUUAUUCGCUUUUUCCUCCCUAUUUUCGCAUUCUUUAAUUUUAUUCAGCCGAUUUUAUUUUUAUUUUAUUUGAGUUCACCGUGUUCCACGACGUUUUUUCCGAUUGAUAUCAUUAUUCGAAUCGGAUGCGUUUCUUGACAUCGAUUUGAUCGACCGUCUUCCAGAAGCAUCAGACCAAGUGCGUUUAAUGUAUUAUUUUAAUUGCAAUAUAUAUAUAUAUAACGAUACUAUUAGUGUUUAUCAUACUGUAUCUUGCUUUUAGUCUAAACACUGUCUAGAUUACGUUUCGGGGAGCAUUGCGAAAACUCUUACGUAAGUGCCUUCAUCCGAAUUUUUAUAUCGAAACUUCCCACUUAGGUUGCGCAUAACACGCGUCCAUAAUAUCUGAGAUUAUAUACAGAACAGAAAACAAUUAGUUGUUUAUUAUCAGUAUUUAAAUAUGCUCAUUGGAAGUAAUUUGUGACAUAAAUUUUUAUAUCGAUAACAAGUGCCUUUAUAAUAAUGAUAACAAUAAAUAUAUAUUAUUUACUUA